AUAUAAAACUGAAACUACGGUUGUCCUGUCAUUCAUUCGAUUCGUCUUUCUUCAAGCUAGUGCACCAAAAAAAACCAGACGAGACGAAGCCAUGAAGUCGUUUUCAGUGUUCUGUUACGCGGUGUGCGCGGUAACCGUUAUUGGUUCGACGAGGUGCGAACCGGCAGAGGACAGCGAUUCGACCGACAAAGCACCAGCGGCCAACAGGAGAAGCUUUGGAGAGUAUCAUGGACUGUACGCACCAGCAUACCACACUCACUACGGCGCGGCCGCGGCCACCUACCACGGCCACUACGCCCCCGCGGCAGCCCACUACCACGCUCACAGCUACGCAGCACCGGCACACUAUCACGGUCACAGCUACGCACCGGCACAUUAUCACAGCCACGGAUACUCACCGGCACUUUAUCACAGUCACGGAUACGCACCGGCACACUAUCACCAUCACGAGACCACUGUUCACGGGUUCAAACACCAGCCUGUCGUCUACCAGUCUGUGGUUCACACGUAUCCAACGGCCACCACGGUCGUCCACAAACCAGUUCCGGUUCCAGUCGCUCACCCUGUCCCGGUGCCUGUAGUCCGACCCGUGGCCGUCGAAGUUCCUCGGCCGUACCCAGUGGCUGUCAACCGACCCUACCCGGUGGCCGUCAUUAAGCCCGUCGCCGUGCCAGUGGCCCAGCCGUACCCGGUGACGGUGUACAAACCGUACCCGGUGCCCGUGUACCGCCCGCUUCCAGUGGCCUCGGUGGCCAGGCCAGCUUCCACCUCCGUACAUUACGUCACCAGACUUCCGACAGCUCGCGUACCGCUCGUCAGGUAUCCGGCUCCAUCUUAUCACUCGCACGCUUACGCUCCACACUAUCGCGGCGCGGUGGCUUACCAGGGACAGUCUGCUUACCAGGGACAGUCGUCUUACCAGGCACAGUCAUCGUUACUACAGGGAUCGGCUGCUUACCAGGGACCAUCGUCGUACCAGGGGGCGUACCCGGUUGAGGCGCCGUCGUCUUAUCUGCAGCAGCUUGCGGCUUUUAGAGCAACCGGCGGAAACUACGAUGUGAACGAAGCGGUGGCACAGCAGCAGACACUCCAAGACGAAUAUUCGUACCUUCAAGAGCAACGUGACGUCGGUGCCACCGAUAUCCAUCACCAUAACCACGAUGAUGACGUCCAUCACCUGCACGAUCACGGCGUGAUCGACCAGGAAGGUGAUUUAGGUUCCAGUGCGGGUUACCCGUCAUUGACAGCCGACGAGACGUUCAAGACCAGCCUGGGAGUGCCUAACACCGACUACACAGGCAAGAAGAAAUAAAACAGUCGCCAUGACUACUGGGAACGCGCAAAAAGACUGCAGCAGAUCCGCAAAGUCAACUGAAAAUGCUAGGACUUUUCUUUCGAAUUCCCCUUGAACACCGUCUAGUCCCGGGAGACGACUGUACAUACUUUGUUUAUUGUUAUAUUAUUAUUAUUAUUAUUAUUAUUAUUAUAAUUACUAUUAUUAUUAUUAAAUAUUAUGUAGUUUGCCAUCGGGUUAGUGGACUCGACUGUAGUCUGUACAUAUUACCUAUAUAAAUUGUCAUUUUGUUGAAAUAAACGUAAUGUCAUAAUCA